AUGUCAGAUUAUAAUAAUAAUAAAAAGAACUCGUAUGUUCAGACUAUUGGAGGUAGGAACAAUCCAAAACAAAUCCAUGUUGCUCAUAGAAGGUCCCAAAGUGAAUUGACUAACUUAAUGGUCGAACAAUUCACUCUGCAGAAACAACUGGAAAACGUACAAUUACAACAACAAGCAUUAUUACAACAAGGUCAAGGUCAAGGUCAAGGUCAAUAUUAUAAUAACAAUGUGAAAAGUAGAAGUCAUUCUAGGAAUAAUUCGAAUUAUAACAACUAUUCAUAUGACAAUAAUAGUAGUCAUGGAUAUGGUGGUUAUGGCCAAGGACAUGGCAGAACUUAUAGUCAAAACCAAUCGCAUUCACAGUCACAAUACAACUCGGAUCUACAAGGUCAAAGCCAAAGUCAUAGAAGAACAGGGUCCCAAUCUUCAGGAGUAUAUGGCCAUUCAAGAAGACAAUCGUUAGUAUUGAAUGAAGCUAAAAAAGCUGCUGCUGAAGAACAAGCUAAGAGGCAUUCAGUAGUUAAUAUCGAAGAAGAUGACAACGUACCAUCUCUGUCUCCGCCUUUUGAUUCAGCAUCUACUGCUCCUGCUUUAGGCGCAACUGAUGAAGUUUUGCGUAAUCAAGCUGGAUUUAAAUUUCCUGCUGCUCCCGCUGCAAGCGUUUCUCACAAUUCAAGGAAUUCUUCACCACAACGUAAAGGAAAUAACAAUAACAGUAAUAUACCCACUUUUAAAUUUCCACCAGCUCCAGCAGCUGCCGUAAAUGAUGUCGACAAUAAUACCAAUAAUAACGAUUUUUCAUUCCCGCACCGUAGAUCUCAAUCAAGAAGCAACGAAGCAAGCAAUAAUUGGAGAUCGCCACAAAAUCAUUUGCAACCUUCAAAUCGUGCAAACAACAAUAAUACUAACGGCAACAACGAACAAGGACAGUCACAAUACCAUAGAUACCAUAAUUCUACCUCUAGUAAUUUUGGUUCUUUUGAUUAUUCCUCUAGCAACGGUUAUAACUCUCAAUUUCAGCCGGGUCAUAAACAAAAACAAUCAAACGGUUCCAUUCAAAUCUUUAACAACCAAAAUCAACAACAAAGAAAAUCAUUAUUUGCACCAUAUUUGCCUCAUGCAAAUAUACCACAGUUAAUUAAUGAAGGUAGACUGGUUACAGGUAUUCUGAGAGUUAACAAAAAAAAUAGAUCAGAUGCUUGGGUUUCAACAGACGGAGUUCUAGACGCUGAUAUUUACAUUUGUGGUUCAAAAGAUCGUAAUAGAGCUUUAGAAGGUGAUUUGGUUGCUGUCGAGUUACUAGCCGUUGACGAAGUUUGGGAUGCAAAGAAAGAAAAGGAAGAGAAGAAAAGAAGAAAAGAUGUAGCAAAUCAUAACAUUACAGAAAAUGGUAUGUCAGCAAACAAUAAUACUGCUGCAGUCGCAGCAGAUGAGGAUUAUCACAAUGAUGCUUCUGCAGCAAUUCCUAUGGUUUCAGGUGUAUCAAGAAAUUCUUCUAUAAAGACUUCUUUCUCAUAUGAUGGAAAUAAGAAUGUUGAAUCAGAACUUGCUGGUUCCUCAUCUAGUGUAAAGAGAAAGGGCUCUUUAAAGCAACGUCCAACACAAAAGAAAAACGAUGACGUAGAAGUUGAGGGUCAAUCAAUCUUGUUAAGUGAAGAAGAAGAAAUAAAUGACGAUUUCAAACCAUUAUAUGCCGGUCACGUAGUUGCCGUAUUGGACCGUAUUCCAGGACAAUUGUUUAGUGGUACUUUGGGUUUACUAAGACCUUCUCAACAAAACCAAAAUCAAAAACAAAAUCAACAUAAUGAUCGUAAUCAAUCACAUGCUCCAAGAAUUGUUUGGUUCAAACCAACUGAUAAAAAGGUUCCACUUCUAGCCAUUCCAACAGAAUUUGCUCCAAAAGAUUUUGUUGACAAUUCUGAUAAAUAUGCUGAUAAAUUAUUUGUAGCAUCAAUUAAACGUUGGCCAAUCACUUCUUUACAUCCUUUCGGUAUUUUGAUAUCUGAAUUAGGAGAUAUAAAUGAUCCAGAUAUUGAGAUAAAUUCUAUUUUAAGAGAUAACAAUUUCUCAGUGAAUGAAUAUGCGGAUCCAAAAAAUCAACUCAUGGAAAAACCAUCUUUUGAAACAAUCCCGUUGACUGAAGAUGAUUUCAAAGAAAGAUUAUCAUUUUCAAGUGAUGCUAAAACUAUAAAUCAUAAUCAAUGUAAUAUUUUAGCAUUUUCAGAAACAGGUACGUAUUCUGAAUUUGCUAUACAUGUUAAAAAUAAUGAUGAUGGCACCAUUGAAUUAGGUUGUCAUGUUGUCGACAUUACAGCUCAUAUUGAAGAUGGUUCUUCAUUAGAUAGAAGGAUUAGAAAAAGAUCAACAGGUGUAUUUUUGCCUCAAAAAUACGUCAACUUACUACCUGAACAAUUAACAAAAUUGUGGUCUUUUGAAAAAGAUAAAAAAUCAGCUACACUGUCUGUUUUAUUUACCUUAGAUCCAAAAACAUAUGCCAUUGAAUCAACAUGGGUCGGAGAAUCGUCAAUAAAACCAGAUUUAUUGAUGACUAUUGAGGACAUCAAUAAUGAACUUAAAAUAGAAGAUGUUAAUAAGCCAUCUUAUUUAUCAAAAAUUAAAGAUAUUGCAACUUCAUUCUAUUCAAAGAGAACAGGUUAUCCAAACAGUUCUUUAUUACCAAGCUUUUCAUUAUUAAAAUCUUUAGAUGAUGAGAUGGUUAAAAUCGAUUUGAAUAUUUUUGAAAAAACUAUUGGGUUCCAAAUUUUAAAUGAACUUCAAAUCCAAACUAAUGCUAAAGUAGCUGAGACAUUGUACACUAAAUUAGGAUCUUCCGCAUUAUUAAGAAGACAAUUACAGCCUGUUUCUAAUAAAUUAGAAUCAUUUAAAUUAAAAGCUGAAAGAUUAGGUCACGAUAUUGAUAUAAGCUCUUCAGACAGCAUUUUGAAAUCGAUAUUAAGUAUCGAAAACCUUGAAGAGAGAAGAAUAGUGGAAUUGCUAUUAUAUAAAAUUAAUUCAAGAGCUAAGUACUUCGUUGCUGGUAAAGUUGAACCAGAUCAAUUCGGACAUUUUGUCAGCAAUCUUCCUUUGUAUACACAUUUCACAUCUCCUAUGAAAAGAUAUGCUGAUCAUGUAGUUCAUAGACAACUACGAUCAGUUAUUAAGAAUGUACCCUACUCUGAAGAUAUUGACUCAUUAAAGAUUACAGCAGACUAUUGUAACUUUAAGAAAGAUUGUGCUUUCCAUGCUCAACAACAAGGUCUACACUUAUUUUUAUCCCAAACAAUAAAUGAUAUGAGCAGUAUAAAUAGUCAAAUAUUGACCAUGGCUAGGGUCACACAAGUUUAUGAAUCCUCAUUUGAUGUCUUAAUUCCGGAAUUUGGUAUUGAAAAGAGAGUUCAUGGUGAUCAAUUACCAUUGAUGAAAGCUGAAUUUGAUUCAAUGAAUAGAAUCUUAGAACUAUUUUGGGAAAAAGGCGUUGACAGUGCUACAUUUGUUCCCAAUGAUGAAAAAUCUCAGAACUCUUAUAGAAAUUCUAUUAGAAACAAGUUUAAGUCUACCUCAAGUGAAAUUGCUGAAACUGAGGCAGAGGCUAUAUCUGGAAAUAUUUCCUUAGUUUCUGAAACUUUGGCUACCAAAUUGGAAAAAUUAAAUCUAUCCGCACCAAAAAUCAAAUUUCCAAAAGAUUAUUCAAACACGAACUUAUUGGAUUCAUUCUUAAAGACAACUUGUAUUAAACAAGAUGAAGGAAAUAAUAUCCAGGAAAUCAAAGAAUUACAAGAGCUUCCAGUUCUUUUGAGAGCUGAGAUCGGUAUGGCUUUACCGUGCCUCUCUGUUCGUGCAUUAAACCCAUUUGUGAGAAAAUAA